AGGAAGGAGUAAUAUUAAAAAUAACUGAAUGCGUUAACAGUCAAAGAAACAUUUUUGACUUUUAAAUUAUUUUAUAGAUCUGAAGAAGAAACUGAAGUCCGGUACUAUAUAAAACACCGAGCCUGAGAACAGUACAGAUAUAAGAAAACUGUAACAUACAUAUAUGGACGGAUGGACAAGUGGGACUGCGGUCAUUUGUGCUCAUGGUUUAAUCAUUUUAAUGUAGGAACUUGGUUGUGACACAGGAUGGAAAUGGCUUCAGGCUUGAGUUUGUCAGCCGAGGAGGAUUAUGCAGAUAUCCGGGCCUAUUUCUCCAAGGCUGAAUGGAUUCGGCUGCAGAGAUGCGAGAAGGUGCACUACAGGAACAUGAAGAGGAACCACCCCACCAUGUUGGAUAUCGGGCUGAAUGCUACCACCUCAGCAUUCAAGAGAAGAGGCCGAUCCAGGACAGUGAUGGCGGAGAGGCUGGGCGAUGACAAACACAGCGAUUCAGAGGAUAGGUGGACUCCCCACUUUCUGAGUAGGAGCUCAGACAACACGCAUCCAGUUAUCAGUCAGCGGACUCCUUCCUGCAGUAAAGUCAGCUGCCGCAUGAACCAGAAACCUUCUCAGCAGGAUGUUGGAGAAGUUAAAAAAGAGGAGAGGGAAUACCUGAUAUCUGAGGGUGAAGGGACUACGAGCGAGAGCCAGUACAAGGGCGCAGCGGUUCAGGAUGUGACUGAGGAGGAGCUGACUGGUUCUCUUCCAUUAAACACUGAUGGGAGAAGGAGAAGGAAACGGAUUGUGAAACCUGCAAACCCAGACACUGACCUACAGAGACAUAUCGAAAGAUCUCACCCCAAGGAGUAUGUCAGACAACUGAGGACUGGAUCUGUCAACACAACCCAGCAUUCACCAAUUAUUGCUGGCCCCAGUGCCGCUCAGCCCAGUACAGACACACUCAAUACCCUGGAAGGAACAAGUACAGACACUCUGACAGCUCGACAGGGUUCCCAGGGUGAGAAGACUUUCAGUUUAAACAGAGGCUGUGAAAAAUACAGACAGACUGACACAGGGGAGAAGUCCUAUCGGUGUUCUGAGUGUGGGGAGAGCUACAGCCAUUCAGGAACCCUAAAGAGGCACCAGCAGAUUCAUACCAGGGAGAGGCCCUACCAGUGCCCCCAGAGUGGGAAGAGCUUCAGUCAGUUAGGACAACUGAAGACACACCAUAAGAUCCACACAGGGGAGAAGCCCUACCAUUGCUGCCAGUGUGGGAAGAGCUUUAUGCGGUCAGGAACAUUAAAGGAGCACCAGCGGACUCACACAGGGGAAAGGCCUUACCAGUGCUCCCAAUGUGGGAAGAGCUUCAAUCUUUUAGCAAUCCUAAAGGGGCACCAGCGGACUCACACAGGGGAAAGGCCUUACCAGUGCUCCCAAUGUGGGAAGAGCUUCAAUCUUUUAGCAAUCCUAAAGGGGCACCAGCGGACUCACACAGGGGAAAGGCCUUACCAGUGCUCCCAAUGUGGGAAGAGCUUCAAUCUUUUAGCAAUCCUAAAGGGGCACCAGCAGACUCACACAGGGGAAAGGCCUUACCAACUCUCCCAGUAUGGGAAGAACUUUAGUCGAUUAAGAACCCUAAAGAAACACCAGUGGAUUCACAGAGGGAAAAGAUCCUACCAAUGCUCCCAGACUGGGUACAGCUUCAGUCAAUUAAUAAGCCUGAAGAGGCACCAGCGGCUUCACACAGGGGAAAGGCCCUACCAGUGCUCCCAGUGUGGGAAGAGAUUUAGUCGGUUAGGAAACCUAAAUGUACACCAGCAGAUUCACACAGGGGAGAGGCUCUACCAGUGCUCCCAGUGUGGGGAGAGCUUCAGUCGGUUAGGAAAUCUAAAGACACAUUGGCGGACUCAUACUGGGGAAAGGCCCUACCAGUGCUCCCAGUGUGGGAAGAGCUUCAGCCUAUUAGGAACCCUAAAGAAGCACCAGCGGACUCACACAGGGGAGAGGCCCUACCAGUGUUCCCAGUGUGAGAAGAGCUUUAGUCAGUUAGGAACCUUAAAGACACAUCAGCGGAUUCACACAGGACAGAGGCCCUACCAGUGCUCGCAGUGUGGGAAGAGCUUCAGUCGAUUAGCACACCUAAAGACACAUCAGCGGAUUCACACAGGAGACAGGCCCUACCAGUGCUCCCAGUGCGGGAAGAGCUUCAGUCAGUCAGGAAAUCUAAAGAUACACCAGCGGACUCACACAGGGGAACGACCUUACCAGUGUUCCCAGUGUGGGACGAGCUUCAUUCGGUUAGGAACCCUAAAGAAGCACCAGCAGAUUCAUACUGGGGAAAAGCCCUUCCAGUGCUCCCAGUGUGGGAAGAACUUCAGUCGAUUAGGAACCCUAAAGAGACAUCAGUGGAUUCACACAGGGGAAAGGCCCUACCAGUGCUCCCAGUGUGGGAAGAGCUUCAUUCGGUCAGGAAGCCUAAAAGAGCACCAGCAGACUCACACAGGGGAAAAGCCCUACCAAUGCUCCCAGUGUGAGAAGACCUUCAGUCUAUUAGGAACCCUAAAGAUGCACCAGCGGACACACACUGGGGAAAGGCCGUACCAUUGCUCCCAGUGUGGGAGGAGUUUUAGUCAGCUGGGAAACCUAAAGAGACACCAGCAGAUUCACACAGUGGAGAGGCCCUAUCAUUGCUCCCAGUGUGGGAAGACUUUUAGUCAGCUAGGAAACCUAAAGAGACACCAGCAGAUUCACACAAUGGAGAGGCCUUAACACUGCACCCAAUGUGGGAAGAGCUUCAAUCGAUUAGGACAUAGAAGACUCACAUUGUUGACCUUUUAUCACAGUCAGUCCAAGAAAUGUAUAUAUGUAUUUUUUAGACUUUUUGUGAAAUACCUGUAUGUUGAGUUCCCCUCAUCAGUCCUGUCGAUGUGUAGUAUUUGUUUUACAAAGAUUCAGAGGCAGUGUUUAAUAGCUACAAUAUAUUUUGACAGUAGUCUUCAACUACAAAACAGCUAAAAUUAGAAACUGUUAAAAAAUUACACCCACUGACACGACAUUUGAAUACAUCUAAUUUAAAUUGA